CUUUUAGCUCAUUUAUAUAUGCUUUGCUCAAAAACUUGAUAAAAUACCUUUUUUUAUCUUCUUUCUCUCUCUCGCUAGGGUUGGUGGCUUUGGGCUUUCAGCUUUUUUUUCCUCUUCUGCAGGUGAUGUCAUAUUUUCUUCCCUUAAUUAGCAAACCCAAGCCCCUUAUAAAAGCUUCUAUUUUUACGUUUAACCAGAAAAGAUAGAAUCAUUUCUUGCCUUGCCCCCUAUUUUUUUCUCAUACUAAUAUAUUUAUAAUUAGAAAAGAUUCCAUCUUGGGUGUAAUGCAAUUCUCCCUUUUUCUUCUAUGAUUUUCUUGGGAAGAAGGUUGUUUAAUUUUGUUCAAAAAUCAUGGUGAGGCAAAAGAUUCAGAUCAAGAAGAUCGAUAACUUGACCGCAAGGCAAGUGACUUUUUCGAAGAGGAGAAGAGGGCUUUUCAAGAAAGCUCAGGAGCUCUCGACUCUCUGUGAUGCCGAAGUUGCCCUUAUCGUCUUUUCCGCCACGGGCCGGGCCUUCAAUUAUUCUAGCUCAAGCAUGAUGCAACUCAUCCAAAGGCAUAAUCAGCAGUCAGAUAUAUCUGAUAAAUUUGGGCAGCAACACCUCCAAGUUCAGACCGAAAGAGAUCACCAUGAGACAGCUAGCAGGCAACUUGCAGGCCUAACUCUCGAGCUGAAGCAACUCAUGGGAGAAGAGCUUCAAGAACUCGGCUUCCAUGAUUUGGUGAAGCUAGAAAAAUUGGUUGAGAUUGGAUUAAGCCGUGUUGGGAAAACUAAGGAAGCAGAACUACUUGAUGAAAAUGCAAGGUUGAAACAACAAGCUGAGAUAUGUAGGCCCAAGAUUUCGAAUGCACGAGAAAUAUUGGCAACGAUCAAGGAAGCUCAGCCGAGUCCAUGGUGA